UUAACGACGAAGACACAUCUUGGGUGAAAAUGCUUAAAAUAUUGUUAGUGUUCGUAUUAGCGACUCUCGUCGCCGAUACUUUCGGUGGACGAAUCAUAAUCGUGCGACGACUCCCGCCGCGACGAGUUGUGAUCAUUAGAAAAGGUCGUGACCUGAGCAAUCAGCCAUUAUGGUUGAACCAAGGCGACAUACCGAAAGCUCCCGCAAGCAGUGACCAUCCAGUCCUACCAAAUAUAAUCGACGAUGUCAAACUGGACUCAAACAGAAGAUAUGCUCGUGGCGUCAACGAUCAACCGCUGUGGUUGAACCAAGGCGACAUACCGAAAGCUCCCGCAAGCGGCGACCAUCCUGUCCUGCCAAAUAUAAUCGACGAUGUCAAACUGGACCCAAACCGAAGAUACGCUCGUGACGUCAACGAUCAACCGCUGUGGUUGAACCAAGGCGACAUACCCAAAGCUCCCGCAAGCGGCGACCAUCCAGUCUUACCAAAUAUAAUCGACGAUGUAAAACUGGACCCAAAUAGAAGAUACGCGCGAAGCGUGGAUUCUCCAAGCGCCCGACGGUCAGGUGGAGGUUCCAGGUCCAGCGGUAAUCAUGACACUGGGCGGACUCAUCCCGGAUACAACCGCCGAAAUGCUAGAUACGUCGACUAUAAUGAUUGGCGUCGACCCCGGCCAACUGUUGGACCCGUACGUCCUCACGCCACUUUGCCGCCUUUUUGGCCAAAAUUUUGAUAUUGAUAUGAAAAAGGAACUAUUACGAAACUUGAACAAAGAUGUAUCUAGGUAUUAUGCUUCUAAUACCUCUGUAUAUACUCGCAACUUACCUAGCUAAUUAGCUAUGUACAAUUGUACAGUUAUUUAAGAUUUAGUUUUUAUUUUGAGGAUUCUAAUGUGCCUAUGUGAACCUAUGUGAUUCUAAUGUGAUUAUAACUACCUUUACCUUUUUAAUAUUAUGAAAUAAACAUUCUUAUAAAAUGA